AUGGCACCACAAACCUCUUUCCCGGCAUUGCUGGAAAGUCUCACGCAGGCAUUGUCAUCAGCAUCUGAAUCAACAGAAAAGUUAUCCGCGCCGAUUCCCCCUAAAGAUGGAAUCUCCCUGCUCGAUGUCAAGAACGAGCUUUUUCUCUCGUACCUACAAAACCUAGUCUUCCUUAUUCUCCUCAAACUACGAAAUCGCAAGAGCAGCAGCUCGGACGAUGAGGAGGAAGCUGAAGCUUUAGACGAACAUGUCGUCAACAAACUUGUCGAAUUACAAGUCUACCUAGAGAAGGGAGUGCGGCCACUGGAAAACCGUCUGAAGUACCAAAUCGACAAAGUGCUGCGCGCGGCUGAGGAUUCGAAACGAAUUGAAGAUGCCUCAAAACCUAAGAUGAAUGGGAAGCUGUCUCGGGAUGAUGAUAGUUCAGAAGAGGAGGGGUCUGAGGAUGGCGAUGCAGAACUAGACAACGGCGCUGCCCUUGACCAAAUCGACGACCAGCAACACAUGCCCAAUCCAACUGCAUUUACCCGGGUCGCAGUAGGCGCAGAUGAUAGAGAAAGUGCAAGAGAUGGAGUGUACAAACCGCCUCGUAUUCAAGCUACUGCUAUGCCUACCACCACCGGACCACGAGAGAAGACGGACAAGAAAGCCAACAAAUCAGCUACGCUCGAGGAAUUCGUCAAUACAGAGCUCUCCGCUGCUCCGUUCGCAGAGCCUAGUAUAGGAACCACUACGAUUGCUGGAGGCCGAAGAAGAAAGAGUGAGAAACAACUGAAUGAUGAGGCUGAGAGGAAGGAGUAUGAGGAGAAGAAUUACGUGCGAUUGCCAAAGGAGAGUAAGAAGGAGAGGGCCAAGCAUAAGGGUGGGAAGGAUGCGGGGUAUGGUGGGGAAGAGUGGAGGGGCCUUGGGGAGGGCAUUGAUCGUAUCGAAAGGUUAACUAAGAGGAAGGAUGGGGAGGGACGAAAUGUGUUAGAGAAGAGUCGCAAGAGGUCUAAUGAGGAUGGGCCGAAGGGGAGCGGAGGUGGGGUGGAGGUUGGGCAGGGUUUUCAGAAGCGGUUGAAGGCUUUGGAUGGUGGGAGGAGAGAUAGGGGAAAGAAGUAG